UCGUGUUUGACUGUGUAUGUAGACAGAGGGCACACGGCGGACUAGAUAAGACGGUGAUAACGGAAGGUCAGCCGCCUUCUACACCUUCUAUCUGUCUUUGUCGUAAUGGUCAACAUGUUCCUGGAAUGUCUGGUUUUCAGCUCUGUCCUGGUGCACACCUUAGCUGACUCGUGUGCUGAUCCGGCCCAGUUUGUGGCUCAAAACACAAAAUGUCUGACAGAAAACAACAUAACGUAUACUGUACCGAAAAGCGUCAGCGUAACGGCUGAUAACGUUGUGGAGACACUGACGACGGUGCUGACACGUGCGGAUCCUGCUACCAUGUGCAGCAACAUUGACGCGUGGGCCAAGGCCCUUGAGUGUGUGGUCACCCUAGAUGGACAGUGUCCUGGCACAGGGGGAGGAACUUCACUCUCCGGCCAGAAACUUGAUGAACUCAAGAAGAUUCAACAGGAGGCAUGUUUUAAUCUAAAACAGUCUGGUUCUGUGAUGAUUGUUCCUACUGGCCGGCACAUAUACACAGAACGAGGUGGCACCGUGAGACUGGCUUGUGCAGGUGUGGGUCUAGGGGAUGGAACUGAUGUUCCAGUCUACCAGUGGAGUAACGCGCAUCGAAACGACAUCAACGGGACACAGGGCAGGGUCCACGUUAUCGACAUGGGGACAUCAUCUAUCCUCGUCAUCAGCAACGUCCAGGGGAGUGAUGAGGGCACCUACUUCUGCACGGGGUCGUCAACGAAGACAAAACAUGCUACAGCGUAUACGGCAGUGCGAGUUUACGAUGCUUUUUAUGUCCCCGACAUCAACUGCAACAACCCGACCAACAUAAAGGCUGCUUUUGAUGAGUGUGCUCAUCACUACAACAUCACGGGGUUGACCUUCCCUAAAGUGGUGGGUGCACCAGAUUUUGUCACCAACAACGCUGAUGUCUUCUUUACCCAGGAUAUUCCGAAUAUGUGCAGUAACCCUUCCCCAUACAACCAGGCCGCACGGUGCGUCUCUGCAGCCUCCUACAAGUGUCUCACAACUAACGCCCUUCCACACCUUGCGGACUACGUACACACCGGCAACGACGUCGUCGAGGGCAUGGAGACCAUUUGCUCCGCUUACGUUGCUGGUUCCUACAACGCAAGCUGCGUGAAUUCUGCAAAGGACGAUUUGCCACAAUGUAACGUUAUGGAAUACGCCCACCUGUCGAAAGUGGACUCGUCGCACGGCAUGGCGAAGGCAAUUAUGUGCAGGAUGUACGGUUUCGCCUUGGACUGUGCGGAGAAGUAUCUUCAGGUAUGCACACCGAAGAUGCAUACUGUUGAGGCGUAUAAAGUCGCCUACAGAGCCAUGAAGCCAAGUCAGUGUGCCACAGAUGAUGGCCAGCCAGGUGCAGUGACCGACUCGCGAGUUUGUUUCCACUCAGCGGACCUCCAUGCCCAGUACAGACAAUGCUUUCUUCAAGGGAAUUACAACAUAACGCUCCCAACCUUUAUCUCUGAGAUGGAGAUGGCCUACACCAUCCCGGCACUGGUUGUUCUCCAGACAACACCGGAUUCCUGCAGCAAUACAGCUCCCUUGAAGACGGCAUAUCAGUGCGUGAGAGACAUUAGCAAAACCUGCCUGUAUCACAACUGGUACAACCUCAUGUACCGCAUCCCUUAUCAGACCGAUGUGGAAGCGGCCCUCCAGUACAAAUGUGGUCACAUCGCAGAUUACGACGCCACAUGUGUUGCACAAAAUUCCGCCAAAGUGUUCCAGUGUGCAUGGCAGAAAAUGGCAAAUGAAUUUAACCUGGUUUACCAGCGCAAUAUGCAGGCCAUGUUUUGUGGAAUGCGGGGGCAUAUUGACGAGUGUGUCCAGUCUGCCUUGUCCACGUGUUCAGCCUCAUCCAGGAAGACGUUUCUCAGCAUCAACAACCUCCUCUCACCAACACAGAACGGCUGUGCGAAAUUCGGCCAUGCCGUUGCAGUCUCUAACAUCAUUGGGUAGACUAGCUAGUGCAAGGAUUAUCCAGACACAAAAACGCAUAAUUUGAGAAUAAGUGUUGUGCUUUGAAUAAAUACUGUCUCCCCACC